AUGAAUACAUAUAGCUCUGUUAAGUAAAAAAAUGUUAUUAAAGCUAAGAUCGAUUGAGUCUUAAAUCUUUGGAAGAAGAAUCCAAGAACCAAAUGUAGCUGUUAUGCAUAGCAAACAUUAACCUAAUCCAAAGCAUCAUUCUCCAGAAUCAUUUUUAGAUCAAUAUGUCAAUUUGAAAUUAGUUGAGCCUUAAAAAAUAUUAUAAAAGUAGAAACCUAUUUAAGGAUUGUAAGGAAAAGGAACUGUAAAUAAUGUUCAGUUUUUAAAACCUGCAUAAAGUUCUAACUCAGUAAAAAAAUAAACUAAGAGAACAAUUUCUCCAAAAAAAAAGAAAACAUAAACAGUUGAUACUGUAUAAAUGACUAAACCUAAGUCUUAAUAAUAGAGAAGAGAAUAGAUGGGAUUAGGUGAAUUAAAUGAAAAGUAAAUUAAACAACGAAUAAGUAAUUUGAAAUUUAAUUUUAGAAAAAAUAAAAUCAAAAGAAAAAAAUGUAGAGUAACUAUCACUGAAGAAAAAGCCAUAUGAACCUAAUAUUAGACUAUAAAAUUACAUCACAUAAAAGAAAACAAUAAUUAACAAUAAUUACAUUUAAUAGUAAUUAAUGUUUGAAAUGGAAAAAUAAAGAAAGUAACGAAAUGCAAUAAACAAGAUUGGAGAAUUUAGCCUAGUUAAAUUAAUCCGUUAAAGAUAUAUUUAAAAAGUGCAAGACAUAAGAGAAUUGUAAUAUGCAACCAUAAAAAGCAUUUAUUAAGAAAAAGAAAGUCGAUAUUUAAAAAGAGAAUUCCCAAUAAAAUUCAAGACAAGUGAGAAAUUAAAAUAAAUCAAAAAAGUUGUAAUAAAAAUUUGAUGAUAUAUCUCAAAGAUAUUAAUAAAUUUAAAAUGUCAGAAAUAAUGAUUAUCAAAAUAUAGAUCAAUGUAUUUUUGAGAUGGAUGAGGAAGAUGAUAAAUAUUCUGCAGUUAGUGAAAAUUAAAUGAUUUAAUAAGCACUUUAAACACUUCAAAUAAUAAAACCAACUAAAUACUUAAUAAAUUAGGUUAAAUAAAUAAUUGAGAAUUAAGAUAACAUUGAUCUAGAUUUAAUAACAGAGUAAGAUUAUUAAGUAAUUCAGUAUCAUUUUAUGAAUCAAGCUGCAACUAAAUUAUAAAGUUUAUGGAGAGGAGUAAAUACUCGAAAAUAAAUUCUAAGUGAAUUAUAAUAAAUGAUGGAUGAUGAAUAUUAGAAUAGAUCAGAUGAAGAUCCUUCAUAGAUAUAUUAAAAACGUCAUUUUUAAAAAGAAUUUAUUGGAGAUAUUACUAAUUCUGUUCCUAAAGGUAGUUUUGAAUUAAAUGCGUCCUUCUCAAAUAAAAUUGACAAUUAAUCUAUUUAAGAAUUGAAUUUAAAUUAAGAUGAAUAUUCUAUAAAUGAAUAAUCAAAACAAAACUUAUAUUUUAAAGAAGAAUAAAUAUUUGAUAACAAAUUAUCAGAUUAAAUCUCUGAACCUAUCAUGAUUCAAUAACCUAAUAGUCCAAUUGAACAAUUUUAAUAAUUUUCUAUAUAAUUUGGUUAAAGUGAUGAAAAAAAGAAUUUAGAAUUAAUCGAAACUUUUGUUUAAAAUGAAGAUGAAAAAACAAAUUCAUUAUCUUAAUCUGUGAUAUAAUAAAUAUAAUAAGAAUUAGAAUCAUGGAAUAGUUAAAUUGAUUCUAUAUUUUAAUAGAGUAAUGACAAUGAUUGUAAAGUUAUUUCUAAAGUUAAAUAAUAAAUCUCUUAAACAGUAAUCAAAAUAGUUAAUUCUCAUUUGAAAAAAUCAAGAGAAGUUAAAUAUUUAAAUGAAAGUUCAAAUGAAGAAAAAAUUAGAAAUUUAUAUGAAGCCAAUAAUGAAAAACAUUUUAAUGAUACUAUUAAAAGAUUAAAAUAAUCCAAAGAAUUAAGUGCUGAACAAUUACUUUAUUCAUCAAGAGAAUUUGAUUAAAAAAGACAUAUUUUGACAUUAGAAUCAUAAUUAAAAUUGAAAGAAACUGAAUUAUUAAAUAUGAGAGAAGAAGCAAUUAAUUUAAGAUAUUUUAGUGAAUUAAAGAAAAUUAAGUCAGAUAUCAAUAAAAAAUAAGAAUUAGAUUAAUGGCUUGAAAAAGAAAAAGAAGAUUUAAGAAGCACAAAAUAAUUAAUUGAAAUUAGUAGAAUUAGAGAAGCUUAAACAAUAUAAAAGAUUUAAAGAGAUCUACAAAUAGCAUCUAUAAUUGACGAAAACAAUCCAAAGAUAUAAAACUUCAAAAAGUUUAUUGAUGAGCAAUUUUUAGAAAAUAGUUCUAUAAUUAAUGAAACAAAAAUUAUUCAAAAUUAGAUUCAAUAAUAAGAAAAUGAGGAUAAAGAUAAAAAUCUUGAAAAUCAAGAUAUUGAAGAGGUUUUAAAUUUUAAUGAAAAUUAAAUUUAAACCUAUCAUCAUACAAAUUUUAUUACAACUUGUAUUUUAGAUCAAUUAAUUAAUAAUUUAAGUUAAGGUAAUUAUUAAUGAUUAAAAUUUAGAACUUUUUCGUAAUUAGACUGAAUUUUAAAUAGUUAUGAUAAAUUUAACUAAAUAAUAUUCUAAUUCUUAGUCUAUAACAUCAAUUUAAUAUAUUAAAGAGUACAUUUAAAAUCUUUUUGAUUUUAUUAUGGUAAAUUAUAGUGAUGAUUUGAUAAAAAAUCUUACUAUUCCAUUUGGAUUUAGAUCAUUAAAGAGAAUAUAAUUAAUACAUGGAUAUGAUGUUGAAAAUGAAAAUUAGGAUUAAUAAAUUAGUGAAAUAGCUUUUCCAAUUGAUUAAGUUAUUUUUGCUAAAUUUGAAUAAUAUAGAGUAGAAUUGAAUAAUAAAGAAAAUUACUAAUAAAUAAAUCAAGGUUAUUAAUUUGAAAAUAUCCAUAAUAAAGCUAUAUUUGAUGCUUGCAAUGAAGCUUUAAAUUACUAAAGACCAUAUUAUUUAAGUAAAUAAUUUAUUAUCUAUUUUUUUAGAUUAAGGAUAACCUUACCCUUGGGAGAAAUUAGAAAAUUAAGUAAUUAUAAAAAAAGAUUUUUUACCUAAAAUUUUUAGUAAUACAGAAAAUAAAAUAAUAAAAUGGUCAAAAACCUUAGGAGGAUUUCUACCAAUCGAUAAUUUAAAUCAAAUAUCAAUAGAAAAAUAAGAAAUAUUAGAGGAAAAGAAUUCAUAGCUAAUGAUAAAUUACUUGAAUCGUGAAAAGAAAAUAGUUUUAGAUAUAUAAUAGUAAGAAUAGAUUCAAGAAAAUAUUAUUAGUAUAAGAGAUGAAAGAAUUUACAAACUUUUAAUUUAAGAUGUAAAUUAUAAUAUAGAUUAAAUAGAUAAAAGAAAGUGAAUUUAAAUGGUAUCUUAUUGAAGAUGAUAGAACAGAGUUACUAAUGGAAUUAAGUGAUUCAAUUUUCGAAUUUUUAGUAGAGGAAAUAGUCUCAGAAUAACUCGAAUAAUGA